AGUACCGCAGCUAUGAGUGGCAUUUUAAAGAGGAAGUUUGAAGAAGUUGAUGGAUCUUCACCUUGUUCUUCUGUCCAGGAGUCAGAUGAUGACAUCUCCAGUAGUGAGAGCGGAGACAGCAGUGACAGCAUCAACCCAUCUAGUUCCAGUCCCUUUACACCAUCCUCGAUUCUAAAAAGAGAAAAACGACUCAGAGCCAAGAAUGUGCGCUUCAACUGUGUCACGGUGUAUUACUUUACCAGGAGACAAGGGUUUACUAGUGUGCCCAGUCAAGGGGGAAGCACCUUGGGGAUGUCUAGCCGUCACAACAGCAUUCGUCAGUACACUCUGGGAGAGUUUGCUGUAGAGCAGGAUCGACUACAUAAAGAGAUGUUAAGAGACCACCUGAGAGAAGAAAAACUCAACACUCUAAAGCAGAAGAUAACUAAAAAUGGCACAAUCGAGUCUGAGGAAGCCAACAUUCUUACCCUGGAUGAUAUUUCAGAUGAUGACAUUGACUUGGAUAACACAGAAGUAGAUGAGUAUUUCUUUCUGCAACCUCUGCCAACUAAGAAGCGGAGGGCCUUGUUGCGUGCGUCUGGGGUGAAAAAGAUCGAUGUGGAAGAAAAACAUGAGCUGCGAGCCAUCCGUCUGUCCAGAGAAGAUUGUGGCUGUGACUGCAGAAUAUUUUGUGAUCCAGAAACGUGCACAUGCAGCCUUGCGGGCAUAAAAUGUCAGGUGGAUCGUAUGUCAUUUCCUUGUGGAUGCUCCAAAGAAGGAUGCAGCAAUUCAGCUGGACGAAUAGAGUUUAACCCUAUUCGCGUACGGACACAUUUUUUGCACACUAUCAUGAAGCUGGAGUUGGAGAAAAACCGAGAGCAGCAGGUGUCUGCAGCGAAUGGUGGCCAUGUUGACGUUGGCUCAAUAGCCAGUUCUAUGGUCCACACUGGCCACCCUGUAGAAUAUUCAAUCGCCGAGAAUUUUGAAAUUGAAACAAAUUCCCAAUCUACAAUGAUGCACUUUCAGAAUUCGGAGCACCUGGACUGCAGUGGUGAAGAGGAGGAAGACGAUGGGAGUAGUUACUGUAGUGGAGUAACUGACUCCAGCACACAAAGUUUAGCACAGAGUGAGUCAGACGACGACAAUGAAGAUGAUGGUGAUGACGACGAUGAGGAGGAGGAGGAGGAUGACUGUGACAAAUCGGAUGACUUUAAUGAAGUAUCCCAUGAGGACAAUCUGUCUGUACCUUCUGUCCUCUGCUAUUCUGAUGCCAAUUCAAUGCAUGAAAACCAUUUAAAAAAUUCUCAAUAUUACGCCAACACCUCACCAAUGUAUUACCAAAUAGACAACCAUAAUUCCAGUGCCAUGAAUCCAAUGACCGAACCGUACUCGGAACAAGAUUCAGUGAAAAAUGGUACUGCAAAUUUGGUGCCUUACAACAUGAGACCUGAGCAGUUUGACUAUUCAAGGCAAUCUGGUGAAGGCUACACCAAUUCUCAUUACCCUGUAACAAAUCCAUCGGUGAUAGUCUGUUGUGCUACUUCAGAAAAUGACAACAAUGGUCACUGCAAUACUCUGUAUGCAGAACAUCGCUCAAGUCUCCCACCGGUAGGGUUUCGGUCUUAUUUAAAAAAUUCUUCAACUGAUGGAUAUGUAUCAAACUUAAAUGGUGGUGGCCACCAUGUACCUGAACUUCUGAAUGAAAAUACCAUUUCGGAGACCAGCAAACUUCAUGAGGAGUGCAUGAAAGCUCCCAUAGUGGAGACCGUACCAGUUUAA